GUGUCGUGCGUGUGGGUGAGACGAUAUUCACACCGGCACACUGUACGACGUGACGCGGGGAAAAACGUGCGCCGCGAUCAGUGACAGACAAAAUGGCGGAGCGCCUGGUGCAGUGGUAGUAGAGCGGUGCGUAUCGCGCGGAUUACGUCAACGUGUGCGACGUAAGGGGGUGGGAGGGGGUGGGAAGGGAGGUCGGGCGAUUAGAUGUAACGAGAGCCCGACAACAGCUGGUCGGUAACCAUGGAACGGGCGCUCUCGACGACAACGAGACGUCGCGGUCACCAGCACCAUCCGCGACACACCACGCGACGACGUCUCGACGCCUCCAGCAGAGGACCCGCGCAGUGUGGCCCUGCUGGUGCUGUCAAAGACACCACCGAUGACGAGACGUCGCUCGCCGGGGUGAUCGUCGACUGUCGCCUCGGUGCGACGGAGCUGCCCGUGUCACGUGUCACGCUCGACACUAGGUGGCCAACGAGGAUCAGCGAAACCGAGACGAAGGACACGAGAAUCCAGAUCGACGAGAACGAUCGUAGAGUCGAUGACGUCCGACAAAGGCUCGCGCAGUGUAGCCUGGACGUUCCCGCGCUCGGCGAGAGCAAGAAUGCCUGCGAGAGACGCGACGAGACGACGAGCAAGAAGAAAGAGUGCUCUCGAUCUGGUCCAGAAGAGGAAAAGGCUCCCGACGAUCGCGAGAGCGAUCCGCGGAGCAAGAGCAACUUGCCCGAGCCCGAGCACGCGGUCGCGAGGGCUCGCGGCGAUGGGAACUCCGACGACGAGUCGGCGAACGUCGAGGAGGAUCCGGAAUUAGCGGAGCUGGCUAAAUUACGUUGUCCCAGCGAGCGAGCGGAGGUCCAGGCCGAAAGGGAGGCCCGCAGACGGAAGAGAUGCGCCGAUUAUCCCGGCCUCGCCUUCGGCUGCUCCAUAUUCUCCAGCGACACGAUGAUGAAGUUCAGUUUGAUAAAGAACGAACUGCAGAAUAUCAUGGGCAAUCAGCUGAAGCGGGCUGAAUCUGAAGUCGCAGCCUUGAAUCGCCGUAUCCAGCUGCUGGAGGAGGACCUCGAGAGAUCCGAGGAGCGUCUUGCCACUGCCACUGCCAAAUUGGCGGAGGCAUCGCAGGCUGCCGAUGAGAGCGAACGCGCCCGCAAGAUUCUUGAGAAUCGCAGCUUGGCGGAUGAAGAGCGCAUGGACGCCCUUGAGAAUCAACUGAAGGAGGCCAGAUUCCUCGCCGAAGAAGCCGACAAGAAAUACGAUGAGGUUGCCCGUAAAUUGGCCAUGGUUGAGGCCGAUCUAGAACGCGCCGAGGAGCGUGCCGAGGCCGGAGAGUCCAAGAUCGUAGAGCUUGAAGAAGAAUUACGUGUCGUCGGUAAUAACUUGAAGUCCCUCGAGGUCUCUGAAGAAAAGGCAACGCAAAGAGAGGAAACGUUCGAAGGACAAGUGAAGAUUCUGGAUAGUCAAUUGAAAGAGGCUGAAGCACGUGCCGAGUUCGCGGAAAGAUCCGUGCAGAAACUCCAGAAGGAGGUUGACAGGCUCGAAGACGUGCUGGUAAACGAGCGCUGUAAAUACAAAGCGAUCGCCGACGAGAUGGAUCAGACGUUUGCCGACCUCGCUGGAUAUUAGCAGGCAGGCUAAGAACGUGCAGCAAAGGUAUUAUACACAUGCGGGAAAAAAAGAUAAAAGAAAAAAAAAGAUAAUUCACGCUACGAUAAAAUGAUACUGCCAGCACGCGGAUUCUUCGCCACACAUUGUCGUUCAAUACAUUCUACACGUAUUCCUUCGAGAGAGAGAAGGAAAUCAUCGGCUAAUAUUUAGUCGCCCAGCGUGACACUCGAUAAACGAUCCGAAGAAGUUAACGGUCUCAUAUCGAGUUAUUCGUUCGAAAACAUUAUAUGCGUUUACAUUCCAUAACUUAUUAGAAUUAAUUUUGAACAAGCUCAUUCCACAAUUUUGUAAAAAUUUAAACUUUCUAUAGAGAUUACUUCUCACAGAAGAGAGAAAAUCUCGUUUGAGCGAUAUGAAUGUAUAAGGUAUUGAUUGCGUCCGAAGAAAAGUUUAAAGAAUAUUUUCUUCCAAAUCCUGGCACAAAAUUCCCAUUCCAUUCAUGAUCUAUAACUAUUUACUAAACAAUUAUUCUAUCCAUUUAUUUGCGCCUAUAUCUGCCUGCACAACAAUCUUAUCUUAUUCUUUAUGUCUAAUUAAUAUCCAUUAUUUUCAAAAUUAAAUAUAUUAUAUAUGACAUAUAAUCUCCAUUAUUUGCAAGACUUGCAUAAUAUGCGUAAUUUAUAUUAUUCCUCUAAGUUUGUCUAUUUUCUCAUGUGUAACAGUAUUAAAAAUAGCUGUCAAAAAACGUUUAAUAAGAUAAAUUACUUUCAUUUUACUCAACUGCAUAAUUUCUAGUUGAGAACUCGUAUCGAAAGUUGCGCUGUUUCAUCAACUAAAAAUUAAAGUAUAUAAACACAUACGAGACAAAAACGAAAUAUUUGCGCAAGGAUUUUGUCCACAUUCGACCUUAAUCUACGUCGAAAAUCCAUAUGGCCUUAAAUAUCACAUCUUAGGUCAUUGUCAUCGCGAAAAAUGUGUUCAAGGCACGUUUAUAAGCAGAAAACGGAAACAAACUGUAUAAAAUCUUUCGAUAAUUAUACUGAUUUAUACCUCUAUCGUAUAAAUUUAAAGAAAGAAAUUAUUGCUAAUAAAUAUGAUUAAAGUGCAAUAUAUAAAAAUACAUAAUGAUAAGCGUACGAAAAUUUCCUGCUUAUAAAAUUUCCGUUUUAUUUCAGAAGCAGCGCUAACAUUCUCAUCGAUUAAUCAUGAAUUUUCUUUAUAUUUACGCAUUCCACCGUACGAUUAGACAGUGCGGUCUAAUUAGUCAGUAUAACGCUUAAGUUUUUUUUUCCAUUACAUAUUAAGGAAUACCAUGUAUCGCAUAUUUUCAAAUCACGCUUCUAUGUUGUAUCGUGCAGUAUUGUGUUAAAGUAUAAAUUACCAUAAUUGAUCCGCUAAAGUAAAAUAUCUCAUUCCAAAUGAACGAGAUAUAGUGUUCAUUAUAGCAUAUAAAUAAAGUUGCUUCGACGAUAUAUAGAAAAGGUUUGCAAAGCGAUCUGGGCUGGAUUAUGAAAAAUGUGCACAAGAUAGAAUAAUAUUACAUAUAUGAUAGCGAGAAAUGUACGCUUGAAAGGAACGAAUUAAGAAGUCGAUAAGUUCGAUAUUAUCACGGCUCUCAAUAACAUGCAUUAAUGCUGAAAAUUUUAUAUCUUACUCUUUUUCAUGUUAAUUCUCAAAACAGUUUGAGGAUCACGCAUGAUCACGCAAAUUAUCGGGAUUGACGAUUGAAAUUUUGCGAUGGACCAAGCUCAGAGACUUUCAAACAUGCACUUGAUGCAGCGAUCUUGACUAUCUUAUGUGAUAUCUAUUAUUAUUUGAUUGUAUUUAUAUUACUUUCAAUAAACAUGCAUAUUUUAUA